GUGAUCUCUCUAACAAAACAAUACAAUGAAGCGAGAGGGUCGCCAACACGGCCUGGUCCCAACCUGCCCCGUCCUCCACCCAAGGCCGCCGCAGCCAAAACACAUCUACUCCUCCUGCACCGCCGGUCCCUUCGCCAGGGUCUCCCCCAAGCCCACCAACCACUCCAAGUUCACCGGAAAGUGCGCCCGUGCAAAAUGUCUCGAGUGCCACGUCACCUCCGCCGGCAAAGCAAAGGGCAAGGCCAAGGGUACGCUGAAGCAGAGAUCCGCCGACGCCGUUGCUGACAAUAAAUCCAUUGCGUGGCGGGUUGGCAAUCACCACCAUUACAAACCCUGCCACGACGUUCCUGGGUUCUCCGCCACCGGAAUACUGGACCAUCUGGCUGGAGUUGACUACACCGAUCAUCUCGAGGCUGCAGAUGACGACGAUGAAUAUCUAUGACGACCCUGGUUCCCGGCUUUUUUACUUCCCAAUUGGGGAAAGAAGAGCAAGAAGAUGAUGAAACCGGCCGGAAACGAGAAUAAUGUGUGGUUGGACAG